AUGAGUUCCCACUACAUAAGAAGCGACAAGUUGAUUAACAAGAAAGAGUUCAACACCAAGAAGCUGGGCGUGGUGAAGACGAUGCAGAGCGCGUCCAUCGGGGCCCGGCUUCUCUCCCGGUGCGGGCGCCGCUUGGCUCUCAAGUACAAGCUUGACCCGACGGCUCUGCACAAGGCCUUAGCGGGCGCGUGCAUAGCGACGCAUCUCUGCUAUUCACACAUCGAUACAAGAAAGGAUCUUGCUGUAUUUCAGAAAGAAAUCAUCAGGUGUUUCGCCAAAGUUUCAAGAUGGAAAGUUGUGACGAACCCGGAGCUACUAGGAGAGGAGCUGACGAGAGAAGUUGACAGAAUGAGCGAUGACAUUCGGAAGUGCGCCACGCGCGAAGUUCCUAAGGACAAGGACUUGACGCUAAACGUCAUUCGCUACUUGCGAAGUUACUUCUUCACGGCAUGAAAGUGGUGUUACUUAUCAAGCCCUGACUCGACCCAAGCAAGCCAUGUCAGCCUGUACAUGAGCAAAUGCAAUUGCAGUACUAACUUGAAUAUACACGAAAGUAAUUGCUCUGAUAUAAACGGCGAAA